AUGUCUGCUUCACAAGUCUUGGAGUCUCGCAAUGAGGUGACAACCAAGCUCUAUGCAGACCCGCAUAACCCACACAUUCACUUGGAACGAGGCCUCAUCUAUGAAAAGCUAGGCUUCCCAGAUUUAGCAGCAGCAGACGCCUACCGAGCAUUAUCAUUACUAGAAUCAGUGAUUGAGCCAGAUGGAUUCGAGUACCACGCAAAGAAGAAGGUUGAUCCUUCAGCGCCAGCAUCAGAAAAGCCGGAGGACUCCGAUGACGAGGACGAGGAAGACACCAUUCCCGUCACCGAAGAAGAGUACGAUGCCCUGAUUGACAUGGUCUACGUGCUCCUCGUGCGAAGUCUUGUCCGCUGCGGCUGCUACCGUGAUGCAUUUGAAUUUGGCAUGCGUGGGUUGGGCCUUCUUCGUGAAAAGGAGUCUGCUGCUGCUUCAGUCGCUGCUCUUACCGAGCAGAUGGAUCGCAUCAAGCAGAUCUAUCAAUCCCGCACCGGCUCUGAUACCGAUUUGGAAUUGAUUGAUCCCAGUGUUCUCCCCGCACAGGGUUUUGCUCACCGUGUUCUUUAUCCUUGGAAUGAGCAUGAGCCUGAUCGCAAGGCACCAGAGACCUUGAAUUUGUUGAAUGAUCGACUGGCGGUCAUUGCGCCUAAGUGUGAGGUUCGGGCUGUGGCAUUGCCUGUUCUCCAUGAUACAAAGGAUGAUUCCAGCAUGGAAGUCUCUGUGCAGCUUGGUCUCUUCGCUAAAGAAGAUAUUGCUCCUGAUGAGAUUAUCCUCCGUGAAUCAUCCCUCCUCACCGCUACCAACCGUCUCCACGAUGACCUCUGCGAUGCAUGCAAUGCACCUCUCCCUGAACUAUCGGCUGCUGAGCCUCCUAUUGCCUGUGAAGGCGGAUGUGCAGACACCAUCUUCUGUAGCCAGGCUUGCCAUGAUACAGCACAACACGUGUACCACGGCGCAAUCUGCGGUUUGGAAGACGGUCUCGAAUCUAUCGGAAAGGAUAUCCCCGAUCCAAAGGACAAGGCAGACUACUUGUAUCUCCUGCUUCUGGGUCGAGCGCUCGCCAUGUCCGCCACACAGGACAAGCACGCCCUCGAAAUGCCCGAAGUGAAAUACAUCUGGGGUGAUUUCCACGACUUUGAUAUCAACACCAUUGCAAUUGAAAAGGAGUUAACUCCCGAAUCCGAUGACACCGCCACCCUCCCCUUCUCCUUUCAACUCAAUAUCCUGCAGCCAACUCGCUUCUUGGAGGAAAUGGAAAUUGACCCCUAUGCCAACCUCCACCGUUAUGAUACCUGGAUUCUGAAUACGCUGUACGCUAAGUUCCGGGGUACUGCAUCUGGUCGGUUGUCUACCUGGGACGGCGGCCCUGAACUCUGUGCUGUGCAUCCAUUGUGGUGUCUUGCGAACCACUCGUGUGAUCCUAAUGUGUGCUGGGAAUGGGGUGGUGAGAUCACCUUCCGCGCACGACGAGACGAUGAAACGGCCGUCUGGUCUCGUGAAAAUGAGGUAAAGGAGCUCAAGCCUGGUGGCAUUGCUAAGGAUAGUGAAAUUUGGAAUCAUUAUUGUGAUAUUGGGUUGCCGGUGCAGAAGCGGCGGGAGUGGGCUUCUGGUGCAUUGGGUGGCACUUGUCUAUGCGAUAGGUGUGUCUGGGAGGCUGGCGAAGUGUAG